CGCAGACUUGACGGUAGACUUUUAGAAUUACUCGGGAUUUUAUCAUACUGUGUGAGUAAUCUUUACGACUAAAUGUGACUGUAUAGGUAAAUAUGGAGAAGGUGGAGUCAGCACUAGACGUGUUAUCGCGUGCUGCAACGAUGGUGCAGCCGUGCCCCGCAUACCCUGCCAGCGACUCUGACAGCUUCGAGACUCCAAGCACUGCAUCCAGUGGCGAGUCUGAGGGUGAUCGCACUCUAUCUCCUGAGACGCCCCGAGUGCAGCCCAAGGAACUCACUGGCAAAUGGCGCAGGGAGAGACGGAAUACUCGUCUUCCGGAUUACAGGCCUAGGGAGAACGGUAAGAUGGCGCUCCGGUCGCAGUCUUUCAAUGAGCGGCGCUGUGUAGCGUCUGUUGCGCGGGCGCAGCCGCACAGUGAUGGAGAACUAUCGGACGAAACUGAAGAAGGACCCGCUAACUUGGCAAUUAAUGGAAAACGAGCACCUCCAGAAUACCCGGGUGGAAAGCACGAGGCUCCGAUUGACAUGCGCCUGCGAUCCCGGCCCGCACCGCCUCCAUACACGAGGCCAUCUGUCAUCACAAAGAGCAAUGAUACUCCACCAGGUUCCAUGUCGAUGUGCGAUCCGGUCAUCGAUGAACAUUUCCGGCGUUCACUGGGCGACGACUACAUGAACUUAUUUAAGAAAAACAACCCAGAAACUGCACAGCCUACACCAAAACCUAACAUGAAGGACCGAGCGAGCAGCCCUAUACAAUUCAAAACUGAAGAGCUCCCGAAACCAACAAAAAUAAUCGCAAUGGAGGUAGACGACGCGAGUAUGUCUGUAGACGAUCACUUCGCAAAGGCGUUAGGCGACACCUGGAGGCAAAUACAGACUUCAAGAUUAAAAGAUAACGAAAAAGUACAGCCAGCGAGCAAGGGAGGCGUCGAUGACCACUUCAGUAAAGCCCUCGGCGAAACGUGGAAACAAAUCCAAUCGUCGAAACUCAACUUAGACACAGAUAACGAAAAACCUAAAGAUCAAACGACGAAAAUUAUUUCAAGGAGCGGAGUAGUAAUAUAAUAACGGCAGUUAAGAAGCUAGGUGGUUCGGUUUACGGCCUUGUAAAAUUUACGAGGCAUUUUCAUGAUACUAACUGGAGUAUCAAUAAAUUCCCACUUGUUUUACAUAAAGAAAGCUAUUAUUUUGAUAAUGGGUACGAAGUGUGUGCCAGUUGUUACGGUGCCUUCACACCUGGCUGGCGGUACUUACCAAAAUGUUUAUUCCAAUAUUUUCUGUUCCUCGGUAUGUUUAGAACGAUGUCGUUACUCUUGGCAGUCGCCAUUGUUUAUCGUAAAAUGUUCAAGAUAACAAAAUGUCAAUAACACGUUAUAGCGGUUAAUAAAAACAUUGUAAAACGUGGUUGGAGGCACCUUUAUGUUUAAUAAAUAUCGAAAUCCAUGACAAUUCUGUUACCUUAGGUAUUCUGGUAAUAUUUUUGUAUUGUUAUUUAAUUGUAAAUGAUAUAUAAAUAGUCAAUUAGUCACCAGUUACACAUUGUAAGUUAUUACCUCAAUAUGAGCGCUUUUGCACAAUUCACUAAUAGAUUUAAGAAAUAAUGUUGUAAAUAAUAGUCAUUGUAUGGUUGAGAGAGUAAGUAAGGAUAUUUAUGAAAGGAGAUAUUUAGAUAUGGUUGACUAAUUGUGUUUCAUUUCAACAUUAAAUGUUCCUCGUGUGAAUGUGUGUGUGUGUGCAAGUAAAACUUCGAAUGUUCUGUAAUGCCCAUCGAAAUUUUACCCACGUGAAGUGUGAGUUAUCGUGUCAGAGUGUAGAUACUUUAUUUUGAUAUUCGAUUAGUGUGUGUAUGAAGAGUAACUAAGUAGUAAGGAAUGCAAAUAUAAUGUUUAUAAGCUUGCUGAGAAAAAUAUUAUAGCAAUGUUACUUUGUUUAUGAUUUAGUUGAUUGAUUGUUUUGAUUUUUACUCACUAU